UUUAAAACAUCAUUUUCUAGAAAUAAAAAUACAUGAUACAUUUGCAUUUAUGUACACAUAAAUAGUACCUUAUCGUUGAAUUAUUUUGGAAUUAUUAGAACUGUGCUCAUAUAUUUUGAACAAUGUCACGAAUAAGAAGACUCUCCGUACGUGGCAUUCGUAAUUUCGGCGACGAUAACGAAGAGGCUAAAAUACGAUUUUCGCGACCUUUAACACUUAUACUUGGUCCAAAUGGCACAGGGAAGACGACAAUUAUCGAAGCUCUUAAAUUUGCUACUUGCGGCGAAUUUCCACCCAGCUCGGAUCGCGGGAAAUUUUUUAUCCACGAUCCGACCUUAUCAGCAACUUCUAUGAUGCGGGGAGUCGUAAAAGCUGAAAUAAUUGAUGCUCUUGGUAAUACUUAUACAAUAUGUAGAACAAUAGAAUCAUCGAAAGCAAAUUUAGCAGUAAAAUUUAAAACUCUUGAUAGUGCCUUGAGUAGAAUGGCAAAAGGUAGUACACAGCCAGUAUCAAUAACCAAUCGAUGUGCUAACGUCGAUACUGAGCUAACAAUAGCAAUGGGAGUAACAAGAUCAAUUUUGAACUAUGUAAUAUUUUGUCACCAAGAGGAUCUUAGUUGGCCAUUUCAAGAUGGUAAAAAGUUGAAAGAAAAAUUUGAUGAAAUUUUUGAUAGUGCUAGAUUCAAUAAAGCUCUUGAAAAUAUUACAAAGCUGAGCAAAGACUACCAACAGAAAAUACUUGUAUUGAAAGAGCAACAACAAAAUUGCCAAUUAAUUGUUUCCGAAGUUGUAGAUAAAGAAACAAAGCUUGAAGACCAUGAAAAACGAUUGAACAAUAUCAAAAUAAAAAUAGAUGAAAUUAAUCAGGAAUUGGUACCUAUAGAUAAAAAGAUUAAUAAAAUGCAAAAGCUAGAUUCCGAUUACAAAAAUUUGCAAGCUGAGGAGAAACAGAUAAAAACCGAAUAUGAUAUGUCCAAACAGCAAUUGAAUAGAUUGAAAGAAAAUAUACAAGAUGUGUUUGAGGGAACAAUGGAGGAAUUAAUGUCAGAGAUAAAAUCGUAUGAUGAAAAUUUAAUGGGGAAAACUGAUGAAAUAAAAGAGUUUGAGAUGAGAUUAAAAGAUAUUGCUAAAAAAGAAUCCGCGGUAGCGAGCGCAUUAGCUGAUGAAAGAGUGACCAGUGGUACCUUGAAGCAACAGAUCAAAGAUCAAGAAAAAAAAAUUGCCCACCGCAACAGAGUAUUAAAUGACGCAUUAUCUGCUUGGGGUCUUGAUAAAAUAAAUUCUAAUAUAUCUCAAAUGGAAUUUUUAGCUCUUUCUAAAAGGUUGCAGGAAAAAUUGCGGGAGUUAGAGAAUAGAGUAGAAGAAAACAAAAUAAAAAGAGAUGGAGAAGAGAAAGAAAUGCAAACGGAAAUAGAUAUUUUGCGCAAUGAAUACUCAAAAAUUGAGUCGGAAAAGAGUCUAAAAGAAAAUGAAGUAGUUGAAACAAGAGAUGAAAUUGAUAGAAUAAAAUCGGAAAUAGUACGUAUUGGUACUGCAGCAAGUACGGUAAACACUCUUGAAACAAAAAUGAAUGCUGUGAAACGUAAAAUUGAGGAAUUGAAUAAAAUAAUGGAUGUAGAUACUGUGAAGAAAGAGGUUCUUGAUAAAAUUAAGUCACGAGAUGAAACGGACGCGCUAUUAAAUGCAGUUGAUGAAGAAAUAGCGUCAUUAUUGAAACAAAGUUCAUUACAAGCUGAAUUGGAAAUACAUAAAUCUACAUUGCUGUCUAAAGAAACAGAAUUACAAAAAUUGAAAGCCAAACACGAGGAAACAAUAUUGAAGUUAUUGGAUAUUAAAGAACUAACACAAACUAAAUUGAAAGAUGAUUUAAGUAUGGCUCAGAAAGAAUUGAUAAAUCAGAUAGAAUCUAUCAUGCGGGAAAUUCAGACAGAAGAACGUCGUUGUACAACAUUAGAAACAACAAUAUCACAUAUUGAGCACGAACUUAAAAAGAAAAAGAAAGAGAUAGAGUCCGAUAAAAAAAGGAUUUCAUUAAUUUGUCAUUAUAAGGACUUUGAUGAAGCUUUAUUAUUACAAUCAAGAAAAGUAAAAGAUUUACAAGAUAAAAGGGGGAUAUAUGCUCAUCAAGGCGCUGCUUAUAAAGAGUACAUGAAACAGUUGAGAGAAAUAAAUCCCUGUUGUCCUUUGUGCCACAGAGGCUUCGAUGAACGCAAAACGAUAGAGAACUUAUUGAAAGAAAUGGAAACUGAAAUGGAAAGUCAUCCAAACCGUUUGAAAGACUGUGAAAUUGAAUUGAAGACACAACAAGAGAAAUAUGAUAAGAUGUUACAAUUAAAGCCGGUAGUUGAGAAAGUAAUACAAUUAGAAGAAAAUGAAUCAGACAAACUAAUGAAUAAUUUGGAAGAGUCUAGAAAUAGCCUGACAAAAUCACAAAUAUCUAUAACAAAGUUAAAAGAAAAAAUGAUUGAUCCUGAAAAUAGACUCGCGAUGUGCAAAGACAUUAUGGGUGAUAUUAUGUUAUGGGACAGAUGCGUCGAUGAAAUUUUCAAACAUAAACAAACAAUUGAUAAUUUUGAAUCUCGCAUGGUUUUUGCAGGAAUUAAAUCAAAACGAAGCCUCGAAGAAGCUCAAAGUCAAAGAGAAGAACUGAAAACAUCUUUAAAAAAAAUUCGUGACGAUAUUGAAUGUUUACAGUCCGCAAUAAAUACGCACAAUGAAAAAAUGCAUAACGCCCGGGAUGAACAAAAUACAUUGCACGAGGAACUGUUGAAAAUACGUUCACACAUACAACAAUUAAGACAAUUGCGAGAUCAGCAGGAAACAUUGUUUUCGAAAGAAAUCUCGCUUGGAAAAUUAGUAGACACUCUGAGGCAAAAAGUGACUGCAGCAAAGAAUGAAUUAAAUUUAGGGCUUGAAAGAUUAGAUAAAAAGAAACGAGAUCUUCGGAACAAACACGAUGCUGAUAGACAACUAUUAACAGACGGAACUAGUAAUUUAAUGGAAUUAGAUAAAGUACAAGAAGAAGUUGAAGUAUAUGCGCAUCAGAAAAUUCCCGAGGCUUUGGAACGUACUGAUCUAAAGAUACAGAAUUAUGAAAGUUCUAUCAAUAAAUUUCUCCGCGAGAAAAGUGAUACCGAAGCAACGAUAAAUAAACUAAAGGAAGAAAUUACUUGCCAUGAGUUCCGAAAAAGGGAAUUAUCCGAUAAUAUUAUAUUGCGCAAAACUCAUGACAAUAUCAAAAGUUUAAAACAGCAAUAUUCAGAUAUACAAGACAAAUUGUACGUUAUAAAUUACGCUGAAAUAUUAGACGAAUGGCAAAACUUGCAGAAUCGAGCAGAACUUCUAUUGCGUCAGAAAAACAUGGCCAAAGGUAAUCAAGAAGAAUUAGAAAGGGCUGUAGAACAGUAUACUCGAGAGCUGAAGAAGGAAACUUACAAACAAGCGCGUACGAAUUAUAAGAACAAGUGCAUCGAAUUAACAGUGGUGCAAGAAACCAUAAUAAAUUUAAAAGCGUAUAGUAGAGCACUAGAUAUUGCUAUGAUAGAGUAUCAUGAAGAACGUAUGGCAACAAUUAACAGAAUUAUAAAGAAACUGUGGAAGCUUGUGUAUACUGGUACAGACACGACAUCUAUAGAAAUUCGCACAGAUGCUACUGAAGGUGUAGGGUCUAGAAAGAGAACAUACAACUAUAAACUAAUUCAAACAAAACAUGGUCAUGACUUGGAUAUGAAAGGUCGCUGUAGUGCUGGACAAAAAGUUUUAGCGUCCAUAAUUAUAAGGCUCGCUUUAGCAGAAACAUUUUGUAAAGAUUGUGGAAUUCUCGCAUUGGAUGAGCCAACAACAAACUUGGAUCAACAAAACGCAGAUAGCUUAGCAAACGCAUUAGCCACGAUUGUUAAAAUACGAUCACAAUAUCAAAAGAAUUUUCAACUAAUUGUAAUUAGCCACGAUGAAAAGUUUUUAUUCAAGCUAGCCGAAUUAAAUAGCAAUAAAGGCUUCUAUGAACUCUAUCGAAAAUCAAAUGGAUACUCGGCUGUAAGAUACUGUGAAAUGAACGAUCGAGAUCGCAUUAAUACUAAUAUUGUAAAAGACGGAAUAUCAUCCGAGGAUGAGGUCGUUGAAUAUUCUACAGAAACAGAAGAUCCACCACAAUCGGAGCGAAGCUCACACGAAAAAUUACAUCUAAAGAAUAUAUAUCACAAGAAAAGAUCUAUUAACGAUCUUGAUAGCGAAGAGCAUACUGAAACUAUACCAUCAAAAAAAAGAUAUGUUUUAAACAUGUAA